ACAACAAAAAAUGGUUUGUCGAGUUUGUAAAUUAAAUUGUUCCCAACGAUCGCAGAGGGUAAGCUUCACAAGCACGCACUUCGAGACACUUCCCCUGCCGAAAGCUUAAAAUACAUUUCAGUCGAAUCGAGCUCAUAAAACCAUUAAAAUGGGGUUUGAUGGAGUGAGGGGAGUGCUUCUAGACAGCUCCGCAGUCGUUUCGGCCGCUGAUACACAGAACGACGACGUCUUACUUGCACCUGGAGCUGAUUAUCUGUUCCGGAAGCUUCGUUAUUCCAAUAUCCCCACUGGGAUAACAUAUGCACUUGGUCUUUCAACACCGAAGGUUAAACUUCUGGAAACGAUCUCGAAGCAAUUCUCAUUUGACAUCUUCAUAUUGAAUUCAUCUUCCAUCGAGGUCACUGAAAAAGAAGUUGCAAGGGCCUGGGGUGAUUAUGGAGGGCGUAUUCUGCAUGUAGCUAGUGAUAUUAACACGGAACCCUUUGUUAAACUAAGCAACAGUUGGCUGUGUAUUAUCCUUAGAUCACAUGGGGAAGAGUUAGCUGGUCACACAGAUGGCGGUACCAGCGAGGAAUCCAGUGUGCUUUAUAUAGACAAACUAGAGCAGUUACCAAUGACUAUUUGCAGUUUCAAUAGAAAGGCAAUGGGCAAGGAUGGUCUAGUGGUUGGUUAUGUCAUGAAGCCUUCUCGUGAAGACGACUUCGCCAAGAGAGGUGCAUUUCCCUUGAGUCCCACUGGGAACGGUUUGAUAUUUAUGCCGCUUACAUUUGAGCUGCCCAUAUCAAAACAGUUGCAACAGGUGGAUGUGAUUAUCCAUAAAGCAACAGAUGAGAUUAUUUCUGUUGAGUUGAGUAGUUCCUUGGAAAUAUCUAAUAACAUCAUCUACAGCAAGGGUAUGCUGGAAUUGCAAAGGUGCUUGGAAGAGAGGUCAGAUUGUUGUGUAAUCGAUCCAUUUGGCAACAUAGACCCUGUGGUGGAUCGUUUUAAGAUCCAAAAUCUCUUACUUGGUCUGGAAAAGCUCAACACAGAAGGUAGAUAUAAAGUCAGAGCCCCACGUUGUAUCAAGGUAGAAAAUUUUGAUGUACCUGAUUUGCGACAAAGGUUGUUAGAAGCUGCACUGUCUCCGCCAAGUAUUGUAAAAGCUCAAGUGGCUUGUGGUGUCAGUGAUGCUCACAGCAUGGCCAUUGUCUACAAAGUAGAUGAUUACAAAGGUUUGAACGUUCCAGUUCCAGCAAUUGUGCAGGAAUAUGUGAAUCAUUCAUCUACUUUGUUCAAGUUUUACGUACUGGGGGAGAAGAUCUUCCAUACAGUGAAGAAGUCUACGCCAAAUGCUGAUAUAUUAAUAAAGUUAUCUGAACAAACUGGGCUUGAACCUUUACUCUUUGAUAGCUUAAAGUCUCUACCAACUGCCCAAAAUGAGCAACAGUCUGGAGAUGCGAGUUACCAGGAAGCUGAAAAGCACCAAAUGGACCUUGAUCUAGUGACUGUCGCUGCUAAAUGGCUUAGCGAAAUGCUUAAUCUAACCAUAUUUGGUUUCGAUGUUGUUGUUCAAGAUGGCACUGGGGAUCAUGUCAUUGUAGAUGUAAAUUACCUACCCUCCUUCAAAGAAGUACCUGAUGAUAAAGCAAUACCUGCAUUCUGGGAAGCUAUUAAGAAGAAGUACAAGUUGAGACAGAAUGCCAACCAAGAAUGAUCACACCUUAGUCUGCACUUGGUAAAAUGCUUACAGUGCAAAACUGAUCAAGACAGAGGAACCUUUACAUAUCGGCUUUUGAUGUUGCUACUUUUAAAAUAUAUCGUCAGUUACCAUGUUGCGCCCCAAUAUGAAAAAUGGAUUAUAAGUACUGAUAUAAGGUUUGCUUGGUAUGCUAUUAGCCAUGUUUAGUGCCUAGUCGAGAACUUUAUAAUGGUAAUAGUCUUCAAAUUUUGUCUUGUAAAUUUACUGUUAUUUGUAAUUGUAUCCUUGUUCGGCGGCAGACUCAGGCAGACUCACGGUUCUAAGCCCACUGAGUCUAAGCCUUCCUAAAAAUAAAAUAGGACCUUUGUAUGACA